UUUUUUUUUUUUUUUUGUAUUGUAGGCUAUCUCUGUGGCUGAAAGAGUUUCUGAUGAGCGCUGUGAACCUUCACCUGGUUCAAAAGGUUCUUUGGUUGGUUAUCAAGUUCGUCUCGAUAGUGCAAGCAAUGACAAGACUAAGCUUCUCUUUUGUACGACGGGCAUUCUUCUGAGAAAAUUUGUGGGGGAUAAAAACUUGACAGGAGUUACUCAUGUCAUAGUUGAUGAAGUACAUGAGCGGUCUCUUUUGGGUGAUUUCCUGCUCAUAGUGUUGAAGAAUCUGAUUGAGAAGCAAUCAGCUCUUAACACACCAAAACUGAAGGUUAUUCUGAUGUCUGCAACUGUUGAUUCAAAUUUGUUUUCGAGAUACUUUGGUAAUUGCCCAGUGAUUACUGCAGAAGGCAGAACACAUCCUGUCACAACAUACUAUCUUGAGGAUAUAUACGAAAGCAUAGAUUAUCAGAUUGCUUCAGACUCUCCAGCUUCCAUGAGAUAUGGAGCUUUGACCAAAGAAAAGGCUGGUCCUGUAAACAACCGCAGGGGAAAGAAGAAUCUUGUUUUAUCUGGUUGGGGUGAUGAUUCUCUGCUCUCUGAAGAAACUAUAAAUCCGUAUUAUGUACCAGAUAGUUAUCAAUCGUACAAAGAGAAAACUCGACAAAACUUGCAAAGAGUGAAUGAAGAUGUCAUUGAUUAUGAUCUUCUUGAAGACUUGGUGUGCCAUGUUGAUGAAACUUGCAGUGAGGGAGCCAUACUUGUCUUCUUGCCUGGAGUAUCUGAAAUUUACACUUUAGUUGAUAAGCUAUCUGCUUCGUAUCGAUUUGGUGGACCAGCUUCUGAUUGGAUUCUUCCACUACAUUCUUCCGUUGCAUCAACUGAUCAAAAGAAGGUGUUUUUACGGGCUCCUGAGAACAUACGGAAGGUCAUUGUAGCUACAAACAUUGCAGAGACCAGCAUAACAAUAGAUGAUGUGGUAUAUGUUAUAGACUGUGGAAAGCAUAAGGAGAAUCGUUAUAAUCCACAAAAGAAAUUGUCAAGCAUGGUCGAAGAUUGGAUAUCUAGAGCAAAUGCAAGGCAACGGCGAGGAAGAGCUGGACGUGUGAAACCUGGAAUUUGUUUUUGCUUGUAUACACGUUAUCGAUUUGAAAAGCUCAUGCGGCCUUUUCAGGUUCCGGAGAUGCUUCGAAUGCCAUUAGUAGAGUUGUGUUUACAAAUUAAGUUGCUUUCUCUGGGUUACAUAAAGUCAUUUUUAUCCGAGGCUUUAGAACCUCCAAGGGAAGAGGCUAUGACCUCAUCAAUUAAGUUAUUGUAUGAGGUUGGUGCUCUUGAAGCAGAUGAAGAGUUGACUCCUCUUGGGCAUCAUCUGGCAAAACUUCCCGUUGAUGUAUUGAUUGGGAAGAUGAUGUUAUAUGGGGGAAUAUUUGGUUGCUUGUCGCCGAUUCUCUCAAUUUCAGCAUUCUUGAGCUACAAAUCUCCAUUUAUAUAUCCCAAAGACGAGAGACAAAAUGUUGAAAGAGCUAAAUUGGCACUCUUGACCGGCAAGCUAGACGGUCCAAGUGAAUCAAAUGAUAGUGACAGGCAAUCAGACCAUCUUAUAAUGAUGAGUGCUUACAGUAAAUGGGAAAAGAUUCUACGUGAGAAAGGGGUUAAGGCUGCGCAAAAUUUUUGCAAUUCAUACUUCUUGAGCAGUUCCGUCAUGUACAUGAUAAGAGACAUGAGGAUACAGUUUGGGACUCUGCUAGCAGUUAUUGGGCUCAUUGACCUUCCGAGAAAAAAUAAGGUUGAUGGGAGAAAGAAAGAGAAUCUUGAUACUUGGUUUUCAGAUGCAUCACAACCAUUCAAUAUGUAUUCAAACCAUUCAUCAAUUGUAAAGGCAAUAUUAUGUGCAGGUUUAUAUCCUAAUGUUGCAGCCACAGAGAAAGGCAUUGCUGAAGCAUCUCUCAGUAACCUUAAACAAUCUGCCGGUCUAGCAACUAAGGAACGCCCAAUCUGGUUUGAUGGAAGAAGAGAAGUUAGUAUACACCCUUCUUCUAUCAACAGUAAUUUAAAAGAAUUUCGGUACCCCUUCCUCGUCUUCCUCGAAAAGGUCGAAACCAACAAAGUGUUUCUCCGAGAUACUACAGUCAUUUCUCCCAACUCUAUUUUGCUGUUUGGUGGCUCCAUCAACAUCCAGCAUCAGACGGGACUUGUUAUUGUUGAUGGAUGGUUAAAACUGACGGCGCCAGCACAAACUGCUGUUCUGUUCAAGGAACUCCGUUUAACUCUUCAUUCCGUUCUGAAGGAAUUGAUAAGAAAGCCAGAGAAUUCCACCGUUGCUCAUAAUGAGGUUUUAAGGUCGAUUAUCCAUUUGUUGUUAGAAGAAGACAGGCCCCCACAAUAAUAUAUUAGCAUCAAAGGUAUGUCUUCAUGUUCUUGAUUCGGACAGUUGCUCGAUCACAGACUGGGGACACAUGCUUUUCUCUUCGUGAUUGCGGUUAACUCUUUUGUGAUUUGCACAAGGAGCUUGCUGCUGACUGUUAUCAAACUGACAAGUUCACCACCAUUUGGGAGGAUUCAUUCUGUAUUAGAGCAUAAAUCCCAACACAUUCAGCAGGACAAAGCAUUCGUUGUUUGAUGUUAAGGUUCGGGCUGAGUAUCGUGCUCAAGAGUCAUAAAGACAAGGAACGUCGCCAUCCAAUUUGGCAAAUGAUUACGCAUUGCUCUUCUUAGCAGAGGCGAUCUGAAUUUUGUUCCCCGUUAUCUAUGACGUAUUCAAUGUGAUGCUGUGGCUGCAGUCGACAGACUAUGCUGUAUGUAGGAUGACUUGUGACUAAUUACUGUUGAAUUUAAGAUAAUUUGCUUCAUAAACUUUUACCAUUUCUUCCCCAAGAUGCUUGGCCACUGUACUUGUACACCGAUUGCUUCCAUAGUAGUUGUUUUCGGGUGCAUGUAAAUGUGGAUUUUUGAACUUGGAGAGCAAGAUGUCCGAGACCUGAAAGCGCAGUUGAAGCUGUGGAAAUGGUAAACUGUGAAAAGGUCACGGAGCGGGUAUAGCAGUUCUCUUAAAAAAAUAUGUGGUAGUAACAUCUAUUAAACGUGAAAAGUACAUAUGUACUUGAGUAUGUGUACUAUAUAUUAAAAUUUUAAUAGACGUGCAACUUUAUGAAUUA